CAACCGGAUGUAACAUGCCACCAAGGGAUUGUGGGAAAUCAGACUGUCCGUCCGUCCUUGUUCGGUGCUGUUCCUUACCUUAGCCUAAAUAACCAUAGACUGUAUACAUAACACAGAAGCUUGGCAACAUGUACAGACAAUUAAUGGGACUUCGGCAGCUUUCCAGGCGGAGCCUUUCCAGCAGUGCCCGCAGACAGAUUAAUAACUCUGUUAAGGAAAAACAAAAACUAUUUCAGGAGGAUAACGGUAUACCUAUCCAUCUGAAGGGUGGAUCGAAGGACGCUCUGCUCUACAGAGCCACAAUGACUCUCACUGUGUUUGGGAGUGGAUAUGUUGUGUAUGAGCUGUUAAGUGCUGCCAUGCCCAAGAAGGCACAAUGAAACAGGAUUGGAUGUAUUUAUCUAAUGAAACAAUCAUGCACAUACUG